ACAUCUCCCGCCAGACCUCCCGGCAUCUGGUCUGAGGAUGGCUGAGCAGAAGGGCCGGGAGCCUGAGGCUGAGUGCCCUGUCUGUUGGAACCCCUUCAACAACACAUUCCACACCCCCAAAGUGCUGGACUGCUGCCACUCCUUCUGCGUGGAAUGCCUGGCCCACCUCAGCCUGGUGACUCCAGCCCAGCGCCGGUUGCUGUGUCCGCUCUGUCGCCAGCCCACUGUGCUGGCGUCCGGGCAGCCUGUCACUGACUUGCCCACGGAUACGGCCAUGCUCGCCCUGCUCCGCCUGGAGCCCCACCACGUCAUCCUGCAAGGCCAUCAGCUCUGGCUCAAGGACCAGCCCAAGAGCCGCUACUUCCUGCGCCAGCCCCGGGUCUACACGCUGGACCUAGGUCCCGAACCCUCGAGCCAGACUGGGCCCCCCCAGGACUUGGCCCCUGCCACCAGGCCUAUGCCCGUCCCCAUCCCCAGCCACUACUCUCUGAGGGAGUGUUUCCGCAACCCUCAGUUCCGGAUCUUUGCCUACCUGAUGGCUGUCAUCCUCAGCGUCGCUCUGUUGCUCAUCUUCUCCAUCUUUUGGACCAAGCAGUUCCUUUGGGGAGUGGGGUGAGCGUCUGUUCCGGACAAGGAACCAAGCCUUUCUCAGCUGCUGCUGGGUAUGGGGACUGCAGAGCCCCAUUUGGGGCUGUCUUCCUUUGUAGUAUUGUUCAUUUUUACAAUCCAGGGAUCAGUUAGGCCAUGUGUUUGCUUCUGGAAACAGAAUUCUACUAUACUGAGAACCUCUGAAAGCUAAAGGGCUGGAGAAGGAGGUGAAGAGACCUGUGUGUGUGAACCAUGGAGUCACGGAAGGGGAGAGAAGCAGA